UGCCCAUCACUCUUUUCCAUUAUCUUUUGUCUAUUAUGAGUCUGACAGCAGCAGUGGCAGCCUCGGCACUGAAGAGCACACCAGAGGACACACACACACACAUACACACACACACUCAUACACACAGAGGGAAAGAGAGAAACACACACACACACACACAUGUACACACUGUGGAUUCCGUGAGCAGGCAACAUGAGUGCGGAUGAUGUGGUGUUUACCGGCUGGCUCGUCAAGUCCCCACCAGAGAAGAAGCUCAAUACCAGAUAUUCAUGGAGGAAGCGCUGGUUUGUCCUUCGUCAGGGCCGCAUGAGCGGCAACCCGGACGUGCUGGAGUACUACCGCAGCAAGUGCUCCCGGAAGCCCAUCCGCACCAUCGACCUGCAGGAGUGCGAGGUCCACGCGCCGAGCAUCGAGUCCCAGCAGCAGCAGCAGCAGCAGCAGCCGCCGCCUCCUCCGCCUCCACAGUCCCUGCACAAGCGGCAGUUCCAGAACCAGCACCUGUUCGUGGUGAAGACGGCCGCGCGCGUCUUCUACCUGCUGGCCAAGACGCAGGAGGAGAUGAACGGCUGGGUGCAGAGGAUCAGCCAGAUCUGCACCUUCGGGACGCCGGAUGACACAGAUUCGGCGGACAGUUUGACGUACACUCCGACGUCCCAGCAGCCCUCUCCCGCUCUCUCUCCGCGGGUCUCCCUGGUGAGCGGCGCAGACUUCUUUCCCAGCGGCGGCGGCGGCGGCGGCGGCGGCGGCGGCGGCACGGCAGUGAGCAGGGACCGGGACCGGCUCAGUCAGUCGGACGGCCAGCCUCCUCCUCCGGACUACCUCAUCCUCUCGCAGUGCAACUCGGGCACCGUCAGCAUCACCAGACGCAGCAGCUUCACCAACUCCGAGCACUCGCUGGAGCAGAGCUCGUCGGACACGUUCGGCGAGGACGUGUUCCUGUCGCCUCCGCCGGCCGGCGUCCCCGGCUCCGCCCUCCCCCUGGGCUCCGCCCCCCCCCUGGGCCACGCGGUGGCCGACGCCCCCUUCAGCGCCCCCUGUGGUGGCCCGGCGCCACUGCACCCGCUCUUCACGUCGUCCUCGUCGUCCGCCACCUCGUCCCCGCGGUCCCUCCAGCAGCUGCCCGACAUCUUCCGCUUCGACCGGCCCUUCCUGGCGACCCCUGACCCCCCGCACACGCCCCACACGCCGCCCCCACUGCCCCCCAAGCCUGCGCAGCCCACCGUCGCCCCGGGCAACCCGCUCGCCCCGCCCCUGCACCUCCGCCACCGGGUCUCCAUGCCAACCAGCCUGGAGCUCUUCAGGAGGGGAGAGUCCGACAGCUUGGCAAGAGGGAGAAACAAAAUAGGGAGCCUCCAUCUGCCUUCGUUAGCGCUCCCUUGCCAGUCCGAUGACUCCUAUGUGCCCAUGGCCUCCCCCCCGCCGCUCACCCCCGUGGACCUGCCCUCCGACGGCUACAUCCCCAUGAGCCCUGCCACCUUCCCGAGGACCAAUGGGAAAGCAGAGCCGCCGCCUCCUCCCGGUGCUGACCUGGAGCCUCCACCAGUCAACCGCGACCUGAAGCCUCGGAGGCGGGCGCGGCCCCCCCCACUGGACCUCCGAGGCUUGUCCACCAUCCGAGAGAACCCCAUGCACCUCCCCCUGGUCAGAACCCACACCGAGCCCAGCGCUAUACAGCCUUGUGUCACUUCGGACAGAAGAUGGAGAGCCAUAACCCCAGUGGACCCAGAGGCCUGCAUCAGCCCCACAGACAGGCAGCUGUUCUUCCCCGUGGCUGAGGCGGCGCUGCAGCAGUCCUGGACGCGAGGCUCCCGGCUGGACUACCUCUCCCUGGACUUCAAAUCCGCCUCCCCGUCGCCCGUGCUCAAGAAGCCUCUGCUGGCCGAGGAGCACAGGGUGGACUACGUGCAGCUGGACGAGAAGAGGACUCAGGCCCUCCGGGAAACCCAAGUGCAGUGGCAGGAUGAUCGCCAGUCCAAGUCCUAAAAGACGACGACAAGCAACAACAACAAAAAAAAAACAGUCCAGAGAGCUGUCUCUCCAAAAGCACUGUGUACCAUGUAAAGUCACGAGGACCAAGACCGCUACUCUACGAGCACAAACCGCCUGGAUCGACGACAAGGAGAGCAAUAACACAAUCCCUUACUGCCCUGACGCUCGCAGUCACUGAAGGGGUUGAAAAACAAGCCUGUUAGCUUGUCGCGGCCCACAUUUACAGGAAAGCAGCAUUUUUUCUCCGUUUCAGCAGCUCAGUCAUGUAAAAAGGAAAGGUCGCCAGCGGCUCCAUUCUCUCUGAGUCUCGUAGACAGGAUCAGGGCCUAUUGGUGCCUCACAACUGGCCUUUGAAGUGUGCACUGUGAAGGAGGAGAGAGGACAUCUGUACUGUGAAAGGUACUCUAGCACGCCAAAUGAAGACACAAGAAUAGCACAGCCUCUUCUCGGCUGCACGGCAGCCCUACUUCAUUUCAACUACUGAUUGUACUGGCUUGUAAAUAUGAAGGCGUUGACUAACUAGCAUUACAUGUUUUUUUGCCAUUAUUCUGCCUUCAUUACAAGAACAUGCUCAAUAGCACUGUAGCUUUUAUUAGCAACAAUGACUUCAAUAAUAUAUUAUUAUUAACUCACUGCUGGGUCCAGAAGGUGAUUUGUACAUUUAUAUUAUAUGUAUUUUGCAUCUGUGUGUGAGUGUGUGUGUGUGUGUGUGUGUGUGUGUGUGUGUGUGUGUGUGUGUGGAGAGAGUGAGAGUGAGAUAGAGAUGGUCCAUACUCUUGUCUUUAUGUGUCUAAAUGGCUGCACUUGUAUAGAAUCUCCUACCAGAAUGCGUAUGGACGAUAAGAGACCUAACUGGCCUGUGUUCUCUGUGGUACUGCUCACAUGCACCUCUAUCCCUAACUAUCACGUUCCUCAUCAUUUCAGUCAUGCAAGCAAGCACCUUUUUGAAGUAGCGAUAUUGCCUUGAUAUAAUGUGGUCGAGAUGGAUUUCUUUCGAAAUGAAUGAAAAUAAACGUUGUUUUGUUUUGUUUUGUUUUUCGUUAAGCUGCUGAUUGUUCUUUUGUUUGUACACUGUCACUGUUAUGCAAUUAUUUGCAUAAUCAAGACUAUUUCCAUGUCAAAAAUAAAUCACUUUUUAAAAUAAA